AUGGAUAGAGGUAGUAGUCCUUCGCCCUUCAGACCCAUUAUGCCAGGCCCGUCGUUCGCAGAAGGAAGGACAACGGCCAGCAGCAGGAGGAGGAAUUUGGGCCCCGGUUGGAAGAAGAGAGUGUCGACCGCUUGUCUCGCGUGUAAGAAGUCGAAACGAAAGUGCUCAGGAACUCCUCCCUGCGACAAUUGUCGCGCCCUCCAACGAGAAUGCAUCUUUGACGAGUCCUUGGACCAGCGACGGCGUGUAGCAGCCAAAAGAACGGCCGAGGAGUUGGAAUAUCACCGUGACAUGCUCAACGAUCUGUUCAAAGUGAUCAGAUCGGCAGGCGAACAAGAGGCGCAGCGGCUCUUGGAGAUGAUUCGCAGCGAUGCCACCCCGGAAGAGAUCCGAGUCUUCAUCGACGAGGUCCUUGCUCAUCUACAGGUCUUAGAGCCGUCGAGUGAUGCCAAACGAGAGACAGCCGAACGGCUAAAGGCGCUUCGCAGUAGAGCAAAUAUGCAGGGCUCUGCGCCUUCGUUUAGACGUCAGGUCAUGGAUGUAAACUUUUUGUGUGUCAUCCCUCCGAUUGAGGUACCGGCGAAGCCCUGGACGACUGUGACCGAUGACGACGCUUUCAUAUCGCAUUUGGUUUCAUUGUAUUUUACUUGGGACUAUCCUUUCUUCUCGUUCUUGGACAUGAAGGUUUUGAUCGAGCAUAUGAAGUCACGAAACCUCGAUUCUGAGUUUUGCUCUCCAUUUCUGGUUAAUGCGCUUCUGGCACAUGCUUGUAGCUACUCGGAAUACUCGGAGGCGUAUGGAGUGCCAGGCGAUGUUACUACCAAAGGUGUCGAUUUCUUGAAGGAAGCCGAAAGGUAUUUUGCAGCGCAGGACGGAGAAGCGAAACUAUGUACAUUACAGGGGACUAUGAUUCUGUAUGAAAGAUAUUCGAUGACUGGCCAGGACGACUUGGGCUAUUCUAUGCUCUACAAAGCCAUCGAUAUUGCCGACGAACUGGGAUAUACAGGCGGCGAAGGCCAGGACAUCGAUUUGAGCAACAAGUCUAAGGAGCUAUAUAACUCGACGACAAAGACCAUAUGGGGAUUGUUUCAAGUAGACACGGUUGCCCAUUCGGGAUUCUUGAAACCAUGUCGUAUUAAGAAUGUGCGUCUGCAGAAGUUCUUGUAUUUGAGUUUGGACAAAGACACAGACGUUUGGGCUCCUUAUCCCUCCCAGAAGCCUUCGCGGAAAGCCUAUGGUGUCACCUAUUUCAAUGAAUCUUGCGCAUUGAGUGAAAUUGCGCGAGAUAUUUCCCAAUCUCUUUUCGCCGAGACAUUCGACGGUGGUAAGGAACAACUGUCGGAGGCUGUUGGCUCUUUCUAUAGAAGGAUCAAGAAAUGGCACGACAAUCUGCCAGACGAGUUCGACGCGUCGACAAAACCUGCUCCUCAUAUCCUACUCCUUCACAUGUUCAAUUGUCCUCGAGGACACAACCAUCUCUCCAAGCCCGUGAAGUUGGAGACAAAAGAAGCGACGCCAACUAGCCUCAUACCAGAAAGCAACGAAGACCCGUUAUCAAUAGCAACAUCAUCAGCACGCGCCGUCGCAGGACUCGUACGAACCCAUCAGGAUGAGUUUGGCAUGAGUAGAGCGCACGUCUUUGCGUUGUACGCAGUGAAUCUCGCUCUCUUCCUUCUUUUAGACUAUGGUCUUUACGACAUCGCUGACCCGGAUUGUAUGGCGUUGACAUCUGCAUUUGCCGUGAUGGCGACGAGGUCAAUACUCGGUCAGGAAGUGCGGGCUAUCUUUCGUCGCUCGGUACGCAAAAAGACGGGUGAUCGAAAGUCUCUCUGGGACCAGGUGCCGGAAGGUUUGAAAGAGAUUCUGGAAGAUGAUACAUCGUCGUCGGAGGAGGAGGAAUACGAUGAAAGGGGGGAAGGAGAGGGGGGUCGUGUUAACAGCGAUGACGACGUUACGAGCACUGUUAGCGAUGAAGAAGCAACACCUGCAAACCCUGAUGAAACCCCCUCGGCUUCAACUGAACUCAUGUCUCCCUCGGUGGAUGACAAUAUUGAACAGGGGCUGCCGAAGCAGCGGCGUGCUAUUCCUCAGCAGGGUCCGACAGGUUUAUGUGAGAUGUUGUGUCGUUAUGAGACCAUGGCCUUGGGACGAGAUGACUAUGUAACUGGGAAAAGGCAAUGA